GGUGGAUCAAUGUGAGCCCCGUACAACACCUCUCACAGUCUACACUCUCUGCUUCGCCAUAAACUCCAUCAUAUCGCCGCAAAUGAUGGAUGGUCGGGAAGUUAUGAGGAGAUAGCAGAGAGAAAGUCGGAAAUGACAGAUGACCUUGAUGUUGAUGCCAUGUUGGAAGCCCCAUUUAAAAAGGAGAUAACCUAUUCAGUCACUGUCUCCCACCCUCCAUGAUAAAACGGUCGUGAGCUCGAAUACUGUGCUCCCACCACCGCCAGGUACUGGUAGUCAUAAGUUAUACCUCUUGUUCAACACCAGACACAAUGAAGUGUCAUGUGAGCUGUUCACUAAUUGACCAAAAUACAUUGCAGAAACAAGAUGGCAGAAACUAAGAGUUUUAACUAGAUUCUUCAUGGCAAAAUGUUUUUCGCUGAGGAGUCGAGUAGAGACUCGAGAUGUUGGCCUGUAUUUCCUAAAUGUAUUUGGUGUGGUUAGGAACAGCUAUACCUCUGUAAGUCAUUGCUAGUAUUCUCACUAAAACUUUCAUCUUACCUAUGGUCUUGCUCAGAAAAAAAGUAGUUUGUAGCAAAUAUUGUUUUGAGUCACCUUAAGUUAAAUACAUGUACUGUACAUGAGUUUUAAGUAAGAUAAUUGGAUGUUUCUAACUUAGAUGAGUCAUAGUGGUAGUUAAGCAGCAGUUCCUGAAGUAACUUGAUAUAGGAUACAGUAUAAACAGUAUACCGAGCCAGUUGGAUUAUCUCUUAUGUAAUAAAUUACUCUUCAAAGUUUAGGGCACCAUAGUUUAAGGUAGGAAGAGAAUGUAGCAAGUCUAAUGAAGCUCUCAUCAGGAUAUCUUGUGUCUCUCUUUCUUGGAUAUUGUAUAUAUAUCAAACUGUAAGAUGAUCAUGAUAUCUUGAAUAGAUGUUUUCCUAGAAAUGAAAACCCUAACAAGGAUUUCAAGGACAUUUCUUUCAUAGGCUUGCUGUGUUAUCUUUUGUCACUGGCUUUUUUUUCGUGAAAUAUUCUUUGGAGGGAAUUUUUGAAAUUGUUUUUAAAGUUUAAUUUCCUAAAUAGAAGUUAAGAAGUAACUUGUGAAUUGCUGAAGUUUCCAAGCAAAUGAAGAAAUAGUAGUGAACACUGCUGUGCUAACAGAAUGGUACCAAAGUGAAAAGAAAAAAAAGUGGUUAUUGGUGCAGCUUCAGUGUGUCGGUGGUGGCCUGGUACUGACAACUUGGUAUCUCCACUCAGAUGCUGGCGCUGGCAAGCUCAGAACACCGAGGGAUCUCGCUCGUUACUCACUCCACUCAACACCCACCACCUUAAAUUGACCACAAUAUUUGUUGUUUAUGUGUCAUGAGGACAGUCAGUAAAACAGGUAUAACCUUGAAGAAAAUGUUAAGUUCUGCUGUGGUCAGUCUGAUCUUAUAUUCCUCUUUUUUUUUAUUAUUAAUUUUCCUCUUGUGCUGUGACUGGUGCAUGUGUUGUAUAUUGAUGCAAUAUAACUUCACGUGGCGUCAAGGCUCCAGUCUAAAGUUUGCGUUUUGCAGGCGGCCGUGCCUUGGUUGGACCCUACGGCUAGAGAGACAUCAGGACGGAGGCAGCUCGUCGGCAGACGCCAAACCAAAGGAAAAUGGACACACAUCCUCGAAAGACAGGAAAGACAAAGACAGAGACAAAGAUAGAGACAGGGAAAGAGACAGAGAUAAGGAGAAAAGAGAUAGGGAUAGAGACAGAGACAGAGUUAAGGACAAAGAUAAGGACAGAGACAGAGACAAAGACAGAGAUAGGGACAAGGAUAGACGCAGGAGAUCACUCAGCAAGUCCCGCGAUAAAGACCGCCGAAAGAAAACCAGGAGCAGGUCUAAGGACAAGGACCGCAGGAGGAAGUCACGCUCGCGUUCAAAGGACCGCGACCGCAAGAAAAAAUCGCGGUCGCGGUCACGUGACAAGCGGCGUAAGUCACGGUCUAAGGAACGCCGCCGCACCAGGAGCCGAAGCCGCGAGCGACGCCGCAAAAGCCGCAGCCGCGAACGCAGACGGAGCCGUAGUAGGGACCACAGACGCUCCAGGUCCAGGAGCAAGACACCUAAAACAGAACUUUCUGUCGAGGAGAGAGAUGCUCGAACUGUCUUCUGCAUGCAGCUCUCUUCUCGCAUCCGGUCACGUGAUCUGGAGGACUUCUUCUCCGUCGUGGGGAAGGUCAACGACGUCCGCAUCAUCACAGACACAAAGACUCGCAGAUCAAAGGGAAUUGCUUAUGUUGAGUUUUGUGAUGUAGAAUCUGUCCCAUUGGCCUUGGGAUUAUCGGGUCAGAAGAUACUCGGGGUGCCUAUCGUGUGCCAGCCAACGCAAGCGGAGAAGAACCGUGCAGCGUCGACAGCGGCCGUACAAGACCAGAAGGCUGCUGCAGGUCCAAUGAGACUGUAUGUGGGUUCCUUACACUUCAACAUCACAGAGGACAUGCUCAGAGGCAUAUUUGAACCCUUUGGGAAGAUUGACCACAUACAGUUGAUAAUGGACUCUGAAACAGGAAGAUCUAAAGGAUACGGGUUCAUUACAUUCCAUAAUUCUGAUGAUGCUAAAAAGGCAUUAGAACAGUUGAAUGGGUUUGAGUUAGCUGGACGACCUAUGAAGGUGAACCACGUCACAGAACGCUCAGAAACACAGCAGGGAACUUCCCUUCUUGAUUCAGAUGAAAUGGAGAGGGCGGGCAUUGAUUUGGGUGCAACAGGACGGCUUCAGCUGAUGGCCAAGUUGGCUGAAGGCACAGGUCUCCAGCUCCCUGCAGCAGCUGCAAAUGCAUUACACAUGCCCGCCCAACCCCAACAACAACCAGCACCACCCAUUGCAACUCAGUGUUUUCUCCUCUCCAACAUGUUUGAUCCUUCUACAGAAUCUAAUCCUAAUUGGGCAGAUGAAAUUCGAGAUGAUGUUUUAGAGGAGUGCAACAAACAUGGUGGUGUGUUGCACAUCUUUGUGGACCGACAGUCUGCUCAAGGUAACGUCUAUGUCAAGUGCCCAACCAUAGCAACAGCAGCUGCUUCGGUCAAUGCACUUCAUGGACGUUGGUUUGCUGGCAAGAUGAUAACUGCAGCGUACGUGCCAGUCAUGAGUUACCAUUCCCUUUUCCCAGAAGCCAUGACGGCAACCCAGCUGGUCUAUCCUCGAUGAACCGGUGACUAGACCCAAACUUCACUCCAUUAGUUUUUGUCAUUCAUUUGUUAUUCACCAUUUUUGUGGCGAGUUAUUUUUCAUCAUCUCGCAUUUACCGAGAAACUUUUGUUCCUUUUAUUUCACGGUACCUGUUGUAAGUAAUCCAGGGAUGGAUUUUUUCUCUAUUAUUCCUGGUACCUCGUGAUGUAUGUAGACCAGAUGGCUUCAUAUUUUCUCAUGCUGGUUAUGUUCUCAGCACCAAGAGAGCUAGUUUUUUAUAAUACAAAAAAUAAUGGAUAAUAGUGGUUGGUUUGUUUUUUUUAGAGAGGUUUUCUUAGUAUUAGAAUUACCAAUUGGACGAAGGCAUCAGAAGUGACAGUUUGAGUACAGUGUAUUAACUCGGGGGAGAAAUAUAAUUGUGGGGUAUUUAUGAAGUGUGACGAUGGGUAUUUUUUUUACUAAACAUAUUCCUUCCUCAUAUUGAGUGGCAGAUAGUUAAGAAUAUAUUAUUAAAAAAAAAUGUACCAAUAGAUUUUCCUUAAGCAGAGUUUUGCAUAUGAAAUUUUGUGAUUGUUUAAGUAGCAGAGGGGCUGACCAAAGAUGUGAGCUCAUUUUAAACUGGAGAUAUUCCUCAUUUUGAGUCAUUAGUCAACACAAUGCUAUUUUUUCAAGUGAACUGAAUGUACAAUGUUGGAAAUAAGAGGGAUUUAUAUGGGGCAUAUUACACAGUUUAAUGUGAAAAAGUCUGUAUGGAGUGUGUAAAUAUAUAUGUAUAGAUGGGUAUACAGAAUCUGAAUCCCUUGCACUCUCAAGUCAUUUUGUGCUUGUAAAAUAAACAAUAAAAUAACUACUACUAA